GGAAGCGGCGGCGGCGGGGGAAGAUGGCGGCGCGGCGGGGCCCGGGGCCGGUGGCGGCGCUGGCUCUGCUGGCGCUGCUCGGCCCGGGGUGGCCCCUCCGCGGGGCCCGGGCCGCGCUCAACCUGCAGGAGCUCAGCGAGCUCAAGUACGGCCUCGAGAUCCUGGCCGAGCCCGUGCUGGCCGGGCAGCGCCAGGCGGGGGACGUGGUGACGGUGGCGUCGCGGUUCAAGCAGCGCUACGAGUGCCGCCUGCCCCCCGCGGCCGUGGGACCCCCCCCGGCACCCUGCCUGCUCAAGGUGGGCACCGGUGUGCCAGAGGGCAUGGAGGUGCCAGGGGGCACUGUGCCCUGCCUGCUCAAGACCAAGGACUGGUGGACGUACGAGUUCUGCUACGGGCGGCACAUCCAGCAGUACCACCUGGAAGAAUCUGAGAUCAAGGGCGACGUCCUGGUCCUGGGCUAUUACCAGUCUGCCUUCGACUGGGAUGACGAGACAGCCAAGGCCUCCAAGCAGCACCAGCUGAGGCGCUACCACAGCCAGAGCUACGUGAACGGCUCCCGCUGCGACCUCACCGGCCGCGCCCGCGAGGCCGAGGUCCGGUUCCUGUGCGAGGAAGGCGCCGGGGAUUACAUUGCCCGCGUGGACGAGCCGCAGUCGUGCCAGUACGUGCUGACGGUGCACACCACGCGCAUCUGCCACCACCCGUUCCUGCGGCCCGCCCCGGGGCUGGCACCGCAGCCCAUCCGCUGCCAGCCCGCCCUGUCGCCCGCCCAGUACGUCCAGUACGUGCGUGCCCAAGUCUCUGACACCAAGAGGAAGGUGGAGGAGAUCUCGGAGGAGCUGCGGACGCUGGACACGCGGCUCUGGAGUGACAGGGACAGCGAGCCCCCCUCCCAGAGCCCUGGGGACCCCCAGGAGGGGAACCAGCCAGAGCCAGCCAGGGAUGUGACAGCUGGGCAGCAGGAGGUGACAGCCACAGCCAGUGAGCAGCAGGACAGCACCAGGGAGCCAUCCCCGAGGGCAGCUGGCGGUCGGGCAGCUGAUCCACGGAAGAAAAUCCACUUCAAGGUGAUCCGCAGCCCCGGGGACCUGCUGCAGUUCAUCGAGGAGCUGAAGGAGACCACCAGGAAGGCCAAGGAGAAGGCGAGCGAGGAGGAGGAGGAGCAGGAGGAGGCAGCAGCCAAAGAUGAGGAAGAGGAGGCAGGGCCGCUGCUGGCUGGGCUGGAGCUGCUGCCACGGGAGCAGGUGGCGAGGCUGAAGGAGGAGGUGAAGAGCCAGAUGGAGCAGGAGUUUGACAGCAUCAUCAGUGAGGUGGAGGAUGAGCUGGAGACCGAGGGGCUGAAGGGCGAGUUCGACCGGAGCCGCGCCACGCGCACGCUGGCGUCCACCCUGACCCGCCUGAUGGACCGGCUGGACAGGGCCGAGCCCCGCCGCGACCCCCCCGAGCCCCGCCACGACCCCUCCGGGCCCCCCCCCGCUCCCGGGGGGCGCAGAGAGAACGAAGAGGAGGAGGAGGAGAAGGAGGAGGAAGGGGGAGCCGCGAGGAAGGGCAGCCCCCGGCCGGGCAAGGAGGGGCGGGUGCGGGUGCGGACGGGAAGGGUCGGGAGCCGCGACACCCCCCAGGAGCGGGAGCCUCUCCGGGGCAAGCAGGAGCCCCCCCGGGAGGAACGGGAGCCCCCCCGGGAAAAGCAGAGCCCCCCGCAGCUGCCGCAGGUGGAGAACGAGGUGCGGGAGCUGCUGGCCAAGGAGGGGCUGCGGGCUGAAGGGAAAAUCGAGAUCAAGAUCGUGACGGCGUCGUCGGGGGGCGAGGAGGAGGAGGCGGCGCAGUGGCUGUCGGAGGAGGAUUCCCGCAGCCUUGGGGGGCUGAGGAAUGGGGGGGAAACUGAGGCACGGGGAGACACACUGAGGUGGAGAGAGUGGGGACAGGACACAGGUCGGGGGGGAGCUGAGGAGGGAAAAGUGGGGUACAGGGGGGCAGCGAGGUGA